CUUCUAAUCACAAGAAACGCUUCAAAAUAUAAAAUCAAAACACAUAAGGGUGCUCAAAAAAGAUGGAUCAAAAAUGGUUCUGGCACGUUCAAAAGAGGUCCUUCUGCCAGAAAUCAUGGUAACGCAGGUUGGACUCAAAAUCUUUUAGCUAAAAAAGAUCGUAAAGUGAAAGCAGGCACAAAUGGUAGACAUAUUAACAGAUUGAAA